AUGGCCGCCUUCAUAAAAGCGAUCAACGCGAAGAUUCGCUCCAACAAGUACACCGACUACAUCUGCUCAACACAUUUCUGGGGCCCGGUGUCGAACUUCGGUAUUCCCGUCGCCGCCGUGAUGGACACAUACAAGAGCCCUGAGCUCAUCUCCGGCCCCAUGACCUUCGCCCUCUGCAUCUACUCCGCGACAUUCAUGCGGUACUCCAUGGCCGUGACCCCGCAGAACUACCUCCUCUUCGCCUGCCACUUCAUCAACGAGGGCUCCCAGCUGACGCAGGCGUACCGGUUCCUGGACUGGCACAAGUGGGGCGGCCGGGAGAAGGCCAUCUCCUCGGGCGAGCUGGUCCUGGAGAAGGCAAAGGAGGGCAUCAAGGAGGGCGCCCAGAAGGUUGAGGCUGCCGUCAGCAAGUAA